CACGUCACUCAAAACAAAAAAAAGUCACCAACAGAAACCGGAGAAGGAAGUUUUCCAAGUGGACAGUUAACGGGUCACUACUGACCAUUAAUAAAGGAAGAUACUGCAAUCACUUCUGCUUUAAUAAAAAUAAAAUAAUCUGGUAAUCUACAGAGCGUCACCCUUCUUUGCCGAUCUUUUUUUUUGGCAGCGACAAUGCAAGAUGUAUCAGACCCAGUGCCCGCUCAGGCUUUUGAAAAGGACGCGUUUCAGCUCACGGUGGAGGACGUGUACGACAUCUCCUAUGUUAUCGGCAGGGACCUGCUGAAGAUCACCCAGCCGGCCGACGUGGUCUCCGAGCUGCAGUUCAAGAUCGUCCGGGUGCUGGAGAUGUUCGAAGCGCUGGUGAAUCGGUACAGCUUGACCGUGGAAGAGCUCAAAAUGGAAAGGGACAAUCUGAAAACCGAGCUGGACAGGAUCCUGGGUAACUGUGCAAACGGGCAGGGAACGCAACUACUGGGUCCAGACAAGCUUGUAGUGGACCUAAAGGACCCCAAUCGGCCUCGAUUCACCAUGGAGGAGCUGAAGGAGGUGCUGCAGGAGCGGAAUCAGUUGAAGACCCAACUUCUUCUAGCCCAGGAAGAGUUGCAGCUCUAUAAAAGCGGCGUUUUGCACCAACCUGAACCAUCCAUGGCCGACAUAGACCUGGAACCCAAAAAAGCCGAGGCCUCAAAUGCCAAAAUCGAGACAAAGGAAGGGCCUAAAGAAGAGAAGACAACCAUUCGAAAGCUGUUUUCCUUCACAAAAAAAUAACCAUCGUGAGCUCCAAGACGUCACCGUGAGUGCCCCAGCCUGGAUUUAACAGAACUGGACUUUUUACACAUACACGUCACAGCCCACAGUGCAGGAUGGCAUCGUGUCAGAUGAGGAAAUGCAGCUUGCAGGACUUUAAGCUCAAUGAGUUCUUCUUAAAUCCAUCAGCUGACACCCAAUGUGCCAAUUACCAUUAUUGCCUUGAAAAUGGACUGAGGACAGGCCUGAAAGAUGGCUGGUACUGCAGUGUGAGAGGCAGGACACUUCUGGUAAGGUCCCCACGUCUGGAAAGGUGAUACAUUAAAAAUGGCAGCUGUGCAGUAGUCAGUGAAUGGGAGAAAUGAAGCAGUGAAAACUACAAUAUAGAUGAUGAAAUUUAA